AUGAAGACUAUCGGUGUUGUUGGAGGCAUUGCCUGGCCAAGCUCUUUGGUUUAUUAUAAAGCGAUCAAUGAAUAUUUCAGGGAGCGAACCGGCAGCAACGGGCUGCACACACCAAACCUGAUCAUCACACAAACCGACUUUGCCCUGAUCGAGCAGGCCCAGACGGACGGCAACUGGGAUGAAGUGGGCAGGAUUCUUGCGGCCGAAGCACAUAAGCUGAAAGCAGCCGGUGCCGACUUUUUUCUCCUCGCCUGCAACACAGUUCACACCGCCGAUGCAUACAUCAUGAAGAACGUCGACCUCCCGAUGCUGCACAUUGUCGAUGCUGCGGCUAAAAAGGCCGAGCAACGUGGUUGUAAGACUGUUGGUCUUCUUGGAAGCCGCUACACAAUGACUGGGACAUACUUUGUUGGACGGCUUCAGGAUAAAUACGGCCUCAAUGUACUAGUGGCGGAAGGUGAGCAUGAAAACAAUGUACACAAUGCACUGUAUCAGGAGCUGGCGAAAAAUGUUUUUCUUCCAGAAACAAGGGCCAAAUUCAAGGCAGCCAUUGCGGACUUGGUUUCGAGAGGUGCCGAGGCUGUGAUUCUGGGUUGCACAGAGUUUGGAAUGUUGGUCAAGGAGGAGGACAGUUUGGUUCCAAUUAUUGAUACCAGCUAUGCGCAUGCAGAGGGCGCUGUCGACUUGGCCUUGAGUGCAGAAUAA